AUGCUUCACAACGUGCAAUCCACAUACCGCUCAAAGCGCCUUGAAUUCAUCCGCCUUGACAAGGACGACCAAGACGCCAAAGACUUCUUCCAGCAGUCCCUCAAUGACCCCGAAACAUAUGCCUUGGCAAUGACCAUGCUUAUGCGACCACAGGGUCCGAAACAGAUUGAAGCGGUCAUGGCUGGGUAUGCCGACGCUGUUCUGCCUCUGCUAAUCUGCCUCCCUGCUGUAGACGCAUCCUCCAAGAGAACCAUCAUUGGCGAGCUCGUUAUCGGAGAAGAUGGUAUUUCUGUAUCCAUGGCCCAGCACAGGAAUAUUGCUCUUGGGCUGUUGCUGCUGAAAGAGUACCAGGGCCAAGGAUAUGGACCCGAGGCGCUGAAUUGGGCGCUAGAUUGGUGCUUCCGUCACGCAGGCAUGCACACUGUAAGCAUCGCAACGGCAUCAUUUAAUACACGUGCUGCGGCGCUGUAUGAGAAGAUGGGAUUUGUCGUGGAAGGACGUAAGCGGCAGGUGAUCUGGUAUGAUCGGGAAUGGUAUGAUAGCAUUCUAUUCUCCAUGACGGAACACGAAUGGGAGGCUCUUCGCGGAAUCAAGAAGGCCUGA